UUUUCACCUCCAAUUCUCGAUUUUAAUCCCUAAAGUCUCUGUUUAUUCAAUUUCAUCAUCACAUUUCCGACAUUUUCCUGCAAAUUUUUACCAUAUAUUACCCAUUUUCACCUUCAUUGCAAGAGGAUACUAAGUUCUAAAAUGCACGGACAAACACAGCCUGUUCUGCAGAGACCACCGGGAUACAGAAGCCCUAUCCAACCGGUUCAACCUCCACCUACAGGACGAGUCUUCCCAAACACGUACCGGCCCAAACGACGACGCAGAAGCUUUUGCCGCACGUGCUGUUUCUGCCUCUGCAUCUCCCUCCUUUUCCUCAUUCUCAUCCUCAUCGUCGUCGGCGGCAUAGUCUACCUCUUCUUCAAGCCGGAACUUCCGUCCUUCCACAUCAAGUCUCUCAAUUUCCGGCGGUUCAACAUCACCAACAACCCGGACGGCGCGUACCUCGACUGCGAAACCGUCCUCGGAGUCGAGGCAAAGAACCCUAAUCAUGAAUUGAGGUUGAUCUACGAUCGGAUUGCGGUGACGAUGAGCGUUGAGGAUUAUGAAUUGGGUACGGCGAGCGUGCCCGGGUUCAUUCAGGGGAAGAACAAUGUGACCAUGUUGAGGUUCAAGGCUGAGGUGAAGAACAUGAUGAUUGAUACAGGGACGGCGACGAAGAUGGUGUCCGGGUACCGGACCAAGAGCUUGGCGGUGUCCACGGUGGUUUCCACCAUGUUUGGGUUGGGUGUGGGCGGGUGGAACUCUGAUACGGUGAAGGUUAAGGUGUCAUGUGGUAAGGCGACACUGAAGGAGAUUUUCAGUGGUGACAUGCCCAAAUGCAAAUUAACUCUGCUGGAUUGGUAA